CGCGCGCGCUCGGAGAUUACCGCGAGUGAAGUCAAAGCGGAGAGACCGGGGGGAUUAACCUGCGAAAACUACAAGAAAACAUGAAUUACAAAACCACGCGGCUGGUGAUGUGAUAAAGACGAGUGUGUUCGGAGAAUAAGGGGAAAAAAAGAGGGAGAGAAAGAAAACAGCACGAGCGAACAGAGUGCGCGUUUAGCGCCCAAACACCAAGUGACAGCGAGGAGAACACAGAUUUACCGAAAAAAAAAAAACGUUUACAGAUUUGAUAUUUGCUUUUAUAAGAGUGUGAAAUACAUUAGAUCCAGGUGUGUCAGGAUGCCGAUACCCAAUCUUUCUGGGUAAACGGGAGAACACUGUCCACACACAUGCACACACGCUGAAGAUCAAAUACAGCAUGGGAACCAACAGAGGAAACAGGUACAGCAUCGUGUCUCCUGAUGAGGAGGGUCUGAAGAUCUCCACCCUCGGCCUCCACAACGGCCACGGCUCCAGACGGCUUCACUCCCCCGAUGGAGAGGCGGGCCCGAGCACCGCAUCAACGGUGAUGAGGACCGGCUACAACGGGAAGAUCUCCACGUCCGGCCGCGGCCAGCUGCGGAGCCGCUUCGUCAAGAAGAACGGCCAGUGCAACGUGGUCUUCGCCAACAUGGACGACAAGCCGUGGCGAUACCUGGCGGACAUCUUCACGACGUGUGUGGACAUCCGCUGGCGCUACCUGCUGAUGAUCUUCUGCUCCACCUUCUUGUUCUCCUGGCUCGUGUUUGGCUUGAUCUUCUACAGCGUGUCUCUAGUGCACGGGGACUUCGAUAAAGAUCACGGGAGCAGCAGAAAGCCGUGGAAACCGUGUUUGCUGCACGUCGAGGGUUUCAUCGGCGCGUUCCUGUUCUCAAUCGAGACCCAAACCACGAUUGGUUACGGCUGGCGCUGCGUGACCGAAGAGUGUCCCGUAGCGAUCGUUACGGUCGUAGUGCAAUCGAUCGUUGGAUGCAUCAUUGACUCUUUCAUGAUUGGCACCAUUAUGGCCAAAAUGGCGCGUCCGAAGAAGCGAAACCAAACCUUGUUGUUUUCGCACAACGCGGUGAUUGCGUUGCGCGACGGGAAGCUGUGUUUAAUGUGGCGCGUCGGGAACCUUCGGCGAAGCCACAUUGUUGAAGCCCACGUUCGAGCGCAGCUCAUCCGACCCUAUGUGACGGCAGAGGGCGAGUUCAUCCCGCUGGAGAAUAUGGAUUUGAACGUGGGCUACGACGAAGGUACAGACCGCCUCUUCCUAGUGUCGCCGCUAGUAAUCGUACACGAAAUCGACGAGGAUUCGCCGCUUUGGGGGAUGAGUCGGGCGGAUCUCGAAUCGGAUGAUUUCGAGAUCGUAGUGAUCCUGGAGGGAAUGGUGGAGGCGACAGCAAUGACCACGCAAGCGCGUAGCUCCUACCUUUCCCGUGAGAUCCUAUGGGGUCACCGCUUCGAGCCAGUCAUCUUCGAGGACGGCGAUCGCUACCAGGUCGAUUACGCGCAUUUCCACAAAACCUACGAGGUUCACUCCACACCCGCCUGCAGUGCUAAGGAGCUGAGUGAACUGACCGGGCGCCGUUCAUCCGGGUCGUCCCGAUCCGUGACGCCAGACAGCCGCAGCCGGGUGCAGACGCUCCUCCCGCCGCACUCGCCCAGCGCCUUCUGCUACGAGAACGAGGUGGCGCUCUGCUGCAGAGAGGACGAGGAGGAGCAGCCGUGCAACCCGAUGACUGUCACUCCCACAGACUUCCAGAAAAUGUUCCAGGAUUCGGCCACCAUGACCUCCGGAAACAACAUGCUCUGCGUAUUGGACAUGGACAAUCAGAUCGAGUUUGACAUCAUGCAGACUGCCAAACCACUCGACCCCAUGACUUAUAAGAGCGAAUCUGAGAUAUGACGUUCAUGUGGGUACAUGCAUUUAUUUAAAUACAUUUAUUUAUAUAAAAAUUGAUCGCUACUUAAAUAUGUAAAUUAUACAAAUGAUUAUACUGAGGUUAUAGAAUGAAUUUAUAUAAGUAUAAUAUAAUGUAAUGUUUUUAAAUUAUUUAGAUGUAUAACAAAUAUUUAAUAAUUUACUUGUAGAAAUUUAUAUUCAUAAAUAUUUACAUUUAUAAAAAUACAUGCUAUUUAUAAUGUAUUAAAUAUACACUGAUAUAUUUAUACAAGCAAAUUAUUUAUAAUAGAGUAUUAUUUAUAUAAAUGUAAUUCUUCUGAAUAAUUUAUUUGCAUUAGUAAAAACUACUUUACUAGUAAUACAUUAGUAUAAAAAUGUAUGUAUUUAAAUAAUGCAUUUUAUGUAACUGAAUACAUUUAUAAAACAUACAUUUAUUCAUAUGUACAUAUUAUAAAUAUAAAUCAAUUAUAAAUAAAAUAAUUGUUCACAAUAAUUAUACUUAAUACAUUUGUAUAUAAAUAAUACAUGCAUUUAAAUAAAUGUCAAUUUACUUAAAUUUAAUCUUUAUGAAUAAACACAUUAUUUAUUAUUUAUAUACAA